AUGAGCGAUGAUGUCUACGUUGUGGUCAAGUAUGACUAUGAUGCACAAGAGGAAGGUGAAUUGACAAUCAAGAAGAAUGAAAGGCUCAAGUUAAUUGACGAUACCAAAAAUUGGUGGAAAGUCGUUAAUGAAGAGGGUGUAUUUGGUUUUGUUCCAUCGAAUUAUGUCCGCAAAGAGUCAUUUGUAGAAAAGGCAAAAGGGACUAUUAAAGGGUUCGGAAGAACAAGAUCAAGAAAUAAAUUAGGUGAUUUUACCCAGGCUUCGUCUUCAGAGCUCAUUAUUAGUCGCCCGGCAUUGGCUGCUGUUUCGGGAAAUGGUAGUUUCGAAAAUGGUUUCAGCAGAUCAGUCAAAGUUGGCAGGGUAAUGUCGCAGGCCGUAGUAAAAUAUUCAUAUGAACCUCAGCGAGAAGACGAAUUGAGGUUAUGCAAAGGUGACGUGGUUACUGUGUUGGAAAAAAGCUCUGAUGGUUGGUGGAAAGGAAAGUGCAGGGAACAAAUGGGAUGGUUCCCUUCGAAUUAUAUUGACGAAUCUCCUCCAAACACUUUCCCACCACCCAAAAACAGUACUGAAUUAGGGAACAGUUUCGGCAAACCUCAUAAUGGACUCAUUUUGUCGCCUUUGCAAAGGGUUCUUGAAGUAGUUGUUGCAUUGUACUCAUUUGAAGCUCAAAAUACAGAAGAAUUAUCGUUCCAGAAGGGUGAGCGGCUGGAAAUUAUCGACCACCCAGCUCAUGAUCCUGAAUGGUGGAAAGCUCGGAAUGAAAAAGGAUGUACUGGACUUGUUCCUACAAAUUAUAUUGAGGUGGUAGAGUCGGACCCAGAUCCAAGCGUGAAUCAUUUUAUUUUUCCAUCCUCAGAGCAAAGAAUUAAGACAUCAAGUAGUAAUGGAACUUCAGUAAUUGGAAACAGCAGCAGUUACAGGCUCACUGGACCAUAUGCCAAUCAACCGUGGUAUUAUGGUAGAUUGCCUCGAGAUGAAACUGAUGCAUUAUUGAAUGCUCGUGGGAUUGAUGGUGACUUUUUGGUCAGAGAUAGCGAAAGUAAUCCGGGUGACUACUCGAUAUCGUUGAAAGCAUCAAGCCGCAACAAGCAUUUUUGGGUUCAGGUGGAUACGACAAAUAAAUCUUUUAAAAUAGGUACACGAACGUUUGUAACAAUGGAUGACUUAUUGAAACAUUAUAUGGCAAGUCCAAUUUAUACGAACGAUAAGACCAGUGAGAGAUUGUUUUUGAUCAAACCCUUGCCAAGAUGA